CAUAUUAUGGCCGGUUUUAUUAAAUUAACUAAAGAAUCAAAACAAUUUGCUGAUUCACUUCCUAAAUUUGAUAUUUCAUCAAUAAAUAUCGAAACACUUCGUUCCAAACCUGAUAACGAGGUACCAUUGGCUAUUUCUAGACCUGAUGUUGAUUUAGAAGAUAUGACUGUAAUUAGCUCUUCUGGCUUAGUCAAAAUUCGUGUUUAUCGUCCUAGUGGUUCUCAUGAUAAAAUCUUACCAGCUAUUAUCUACAUGCACGGUGGUGGUUGGUGUGUUGACCAAAAGGCUUCUUACGCUUAUAUUUGUUCAAAGCUUGCAGGAGAAGCAAACUGCGCUGUCAUCUUUGUUCAUUAUUCUCUUAGUCCUGAAGCUCGUUUCCCAACUGCUGUUGAAGAAUGUUAUGCUGUCUUGGCUUGGGCUACAAACCCUGCUAAUGUUAACUUUUUGAAGAUUGAUCCUACUUCUGUCUCUGUAGGUGGUGAUUCCUCAGGCGCUAACUUGGCCAUAGCAAUCACAUUGCUUGCUAAGCAACGCCAAUUAGAGAACAAGAUUAAACAUCAAUUGUUAUUUUAUCCCGUCACUAAUACUGAAUUCAACACAAGUUCAUACUAUGAAUUCAGUAAUGAUUAUGCAUUGACGCGUGAUCUUAUGAAAUUCUUUUGGGAUCAAUAUGUACCAGAAAAGUCAGAUCGUGAAAAUAUUAUUGCUUGUCCUGGUAAGGCUACUGUAGAAGACUUGAAGGAUUUACCUCCAGCUUUAAUCAUUAUUGCUGAAGCCGAUGUCGUAAGAGAUGAAGGUGAAGAUUAUGGUCGCAAAUUGUUGGCUGCUGGUGUCCCUGCUACUACAACUCGUGUCGUAGGAGUCCUACACGGAUUUGUUAGUAAACCAAACUUAUUUUCUCAAGAAACUUUAUUUGCAUUAGACAUGGCAGCUGCUGCCCUUCGUAGAGCUUUUUAUAAUAAAUAAUAUAAAUACAUUUAUUUUUUUUUAAUAUUUU